AUGCAAAACUCAUCCACCCAAAGUCUCGCCCCUGUUCCCACUCCCACCGGCGCAGCCUAUACCACCACGAUAGAAGAAGAGAAUGCCCACAAGCGAAGGCUUCUCGUCUCGGUGCUUGGUCCGUUCUUUGGCAUUUGCCUGCUCAUCAUCGCCAUGUCUCUGGCCAUCCGAUACUGGAAAGAGAAACAAAAACAGAAUAAGGUGAAAUCGGCCACUGAGAUGGUUCAAUGUCCAGACGACGCUAGUUCGGUUCCGUAUUCACCUACACUCAGCAAAUAUUCAAGAGACAUAGAGGCGUCGCCUUGGAAGCUCAAACCCGCACACGAAACGAGUUAG